GACAGGUAUAUAUUAGGUCCUGCGACCUCCUCACCUCAAACCACAACUCAAGCACUCUCAAUCUCGCUGACCUGCUUCUAGUUCAAACGAUUGGUUUGCCGACUUCCCUGCAGAAUCCAUCAUGUUGGUAAUCGUCUUUCUUGGUCUGCUGGCUGUCACUCUCAGCCUUGACGCCGAAACAUCAAAAUCCCUGUAUGAUGUACUCGACGGAAACAAAGAUGGGGUCGUUCGACUCAAUGAAAUGUUUGGCACUUAUAACAUCGUUGACGUGAACAAAGACGGACUGAUCACAUUCGAAGAAUUCGCCGCUGGACCACAUCCCGGGGCGCCCCCUCUUUCCAUGAGGGAAGCUUUUAGAUAUUUCGACGAUCGCGACAAUGAGAAAAAUAAUGGCGUUCUCGAUUCAGGUUGUGUUGUCGCUUUUUUUGACGACCUGGACGUUAACAAGAACGGAGUAAUCACACGUCAAGAAAUGAAAGACAAUUAUUUACCGCUAUUCCUUGUGAAGUAGGACGGUGACAGCAAAGAACAAGCCUAGGCUGAUUACUAACAGGCUGCUUUGCCCGACACCUGGUAGAAAUGACAAAUAAAUGUUAAAUCUUUGA